AUGAAGAAAAUAUAUUUAACCCUUUUAACUUUUCACAUCUUAUCUUAUAUUUCUAAUUCUCAAAAUACAGAAGUUGUUAACUCUACUGAAAAAAAAACUCUCGAAUUUUAUCCUCUUGUACCAAAUUAUUUCAAUGAUACAACUUUCAAUAAUACAACUCAAGGGGGACUUAUUAAGGGAAUAAUCCAAUGGGAGAAAUUCUUCUUAGAUGGUACAAAUAGUAUAUUGUAUGGCUAUGGUCAAUUGCAUAAUUAUAUUUUUAAUGCAACAAAAACUUAUGUGCUACCUUUUUUAUUAUUCCCAUCAAAUUUCUUGUUAAAUAGAAAGUCUAAAAACUCUACAAAAUUUCAAGUCAAUAGAUAUUAUGAAGAUAUUAAUAAUAUUAAUAUAACUAAGAACCAUGCAAAUCAAACUCAUCUUUUAAAUCCAAAUAUCCCAAUAAAAAAAUAUAAGGUUACAAAUAUCCCAUUAAAUUAUAUAUCCAGAAAUUGUACUAACUCAAAACCUCAUUUAAGAGGAAAUAAUUCUACCUAUAUAAAUUUACUUCAAGAACCCCUAUUUGUCAAUAAUUUCAAUCUAACACAAAGUGUAUAUAACAUCUCGGAAUCAAAUCUAAAAAAUGAAAGAUCUCUUCAAUUUAUCAUGCCUCCUGAUUCAUUAUUUCCCGAUAUAACUGAUUCAAAUAUGAUGAGUGAAUGGGGAUCUAAUCAAUAUUGGUUUCUUCAAAAUCAAGAUCCUUGUAUGCAAAUAAUCCAAAAUCAAAAUCAAAAUCAAAAUGAUAUUUCUCAAGUAAAUAGUGAUUCUCAGUAUACUUCCAGCAAUCUAUUUGGAAUAUUCUCUUAA